AAAUGGGUUUGUAUCAAAGCAAUUUUUCGUGUGUUGGUCGACUUUUCCUUUUGGGAAUAGUUGGAUGUUUAGCUUUGAUGAUCCAGAUGCCAUGCGCUGAAGCGGUUCUACAAUGUGCCUCUGGCGAACGUUACGUAACAAAAACUUAUAAGGGUAAUUGGCAGCUCGUGCGAUGUGAAGACUCUUGUCCUAACGAGAUAAGAACUCAAUGCCAGAAUGAUAAUAACAGAGUCGUGUCAAAGAUUAAGUGCAAUUGGUGGGAUCCUCGUACGGGUAGCGUAUUUGAUGAGUACGCAACUUGUGAGGGAUGCUGCGGAAAAUCUCUCCCCACUCCACCACCAGCCCUAACCAAGGAAUGUCAAGCCGGGGAAAGAAGUAAAAUUUAUACUAUACCUGCUUUCCGGCCAUGGAAUUGCACCAUUUGCGAAGAUAAAUGUAAAGCUGAAUGUGGGUCGACGGAGGAGUUAAGGGAAACAUGUGUGUUGAAUUAUGUCAAUGAAGCUUCGGAUCAUAGUUACACGUGCAGAUGUUGCUGCAAAAGUGAGCCUGCAUCACCACCCCCUCCACCUCCUUCCCCUCCACCCCCGUCACCAUCCCCUCCACCUCCUUCCCCUCCACCUCCAUCACCACUUCCAUGUCCAUCAUGUCCACCUCCAGACAAUACAUGUGAUACCAAGGACAUGUACGUAGCAUUCUAUCUUUCUGGCACCGAUGAUUGCAAUCUUUGUGCAGAUUAUUGUAAGAGAAAGUGUUCGAAAUUAGAUAGUGCAUUGGCAUCGGAAUGUUGCAUGAUCGGAUCAUCUUCAGUCCAGUGCAAGUGUUGUUGUACGAACGAAUAACACACCGGCAAUAUCCUCCCCUUCAGCUGUUUCAAGGUUACUAUCAUUCAUCACAGAGCGACUAAGAGAUGCGUAAUUUCUUGAAGUAGUUAGCUGGUAAUAAUAGAUUAUGAAUAAUAUCCUUAGUCGUGUUUUUCUUGGUUUUGCUUUUUAUUUUCAGUCAUUUUAAUUAGCUGAUGCCCUGUACGACUAUGAAUUGAUUGAUUUUCUUAUUAGACCAUAAAUCAAUA